AUGAGACCAGCUAGAAAGCAGGCAGAGGAAUCCAUUCUAAAAGUAGGACCGUCAAGAAUCUCAUCUACUGAUACUCCUGGCACGUUCUAUAAUAUCUGGUACAAUAAAUGGUCGGGUGGUGAAAGGACAUCAAGAUUUUCAAGAGAGAAGGCAAAAACGCGUUGUAACGUAGCUCUUGAUGCCGGUGAAACUAAAGCUGAUAAAAUGCCUAGUACAUAUUUCUGCCUAUAUUUUGCACGUGGAUGCUGCCCUUUCGGACAUGAAUGUGGUUUUUGGCACAGAAUACCUACGGAAUCGGACCCUGUAGACUCUACGAUUGAUGUGUUUGGACGCGAUAAAUUCAAUGAAUAUCGAGAUGAUAUGGGCGGUGUUGGUUCUUUUAAUAGAGAGAAUCGGACGCUUUACGUUGGAUAUAUUCACAUUAAUCCUGAUAUGGAGGAAAUAGUUAGAAAACACUUUGGUGAAUGGGUUAAAAUAUUAAAGGACAAAGGCGUAGCUUUUGUGACGUAUAUGAGCUCUCUCAACGCAGAAUUUGCUAAAGAGGCAAUGAGUAACCAGAGCUUAAAUCAUAAUGAGGUGCGUAUUAAAGUUGACGAACUGCCACAGAUAUCACAUAUUUUUGUAGCAUUAUCAAUACCCAUUUCGGGUGUACUAAUUUUUCCCACCACUUCACUAUCGGAAUGGGCUACCGAUGAUCCAAAUCCUCGUGCUAAAGCUGAAUAUAAGAGGAAGGCAGAAGCACUUGCAGCACAAGCAAUACAAAAAAGUCUUCCUGCUGAAUUCACACUAGGCAAUACAGAUUACACAAACAAACGGCCUAGAAUGGUUUAUAAUUCUAUACCGGAUCAAUACGGGCUAGAGGGGUACCAAACACCACUGGGUUUGGAACAACCCGUUAAUUAUGAUCAGUCCGUUGGAAGUGGUGAUGGACAACAUGUAGAAACAACAGAAAGUGAGCCUGCACUCGACAAAUAUUAA